GAUGAACUGACAUUUUUUAAGACAUUAGUAAAAAAGUGUAUGUUCGUUUGUAUUGAACAAGAGCCAUAAUACUCGUUUGCUUAAAAAAAGAUUAUUCAAGAACUCAAAGAAAUGUUUUCAGCUCCAACGUUUGCUCUUUUGGUACUUCUUCUGGCUUGUGUGGUAUCCAUGAUUUUGGCAGUACCUGUCGCUGACCCUCAAUUUGGAGGAGGAUUUGGGCAUCAAGGUGGUGGAUACGGACACCAUGGUGGAUAUGGCCACGGUGGAUACGGACACCAUGGAGGAUAUGGCCAUGGCGGAUACGGACAUCAAGGUGGAUACGGACAUCAUGGAGGCCAUGGAGGCUUCGGCCAUUUUGGAUAAUUUUAAGACUAGAUUAGAAGACUAUACAUACAAAGAUUUUUUUAGAGCUAAAAGAUAAGAUUUUUUAAGAUAGGAUUUUUAGAUAAUUUAUUGUUUUGUAAUAUGAUUCGUUUUAUUUUUAAUAAAACAAAAUGUAAAAGAU